GAUGUACUGUUGUAUAUCACACACACACACACACACACACACACACACAAGCAGCAUCAUUAACUGUCUUUAGAGCCCUAAGCCUCAGCCAGCUGUGAGCUGGGAAUAAUCAAAUACCUUGAAGGCAGGGCCCCGCAGCGAUGCCUAAGGGAGCAGCAGCGGCUAAGGAAGCAGCAGGAGCGGCGGCAUCAGGAGAACAUGAUUGAGGGUCCCCAGUUUGGCAGACAAAACCAGCAGCCCCUCAGUCGUCAGGUUUCCCCGGACGACACAGAGCCCAGUCAAUCUUCCGCAGAAGAAGAAAUGUCUCCCAUCCAGCCCCAUUCUCACUGAGGCAGAAAGGGAAGGAUGCACAAGUGCUUCAUCUGAGAGCUUGCCUUUGUUCGCUCCUAAGGAGGAGAGAUCGCCUGGCGACCCCUCCGUGUUUCAAGCUUUUUCCAUCCCAGAUCCAUCACCAUGGGGACCACAGAAGCCACCCUACGAAUGGGAAAUGUGGAUGUGAAGGAGGAAUGGCAGGAUGAAGACUUCCCCAGGCCUCUUCCAGAAGAGACAGGGAUGGACACCCUUGGCAGCCCUGUUGAAGACACAUCCUCUCCUCCAAACACUUUAAACUUCAAUGGGGCUCAUCGUAAACGAAAGACACUCGUUGCUCCUGAAAUCAACAUUUCAUUGGACCAAAGCGAGGGCUCCAUCUUAUCUGAUGAUUUUCUGGACACCCCUGAUGACCUGGACAUCAAUGUGGAUGACAUCGAAACCCCAGAUGAGACAGAUUCCCUGGAAUUCCUAGGAAAUGGCAAUGAGCUGGAGUGGGAAGAUGAUACCCCCGUGGCCACUGCUAAGAACAUGCCUGGUGACAGUGCAGACCUCUUUGGGGAUGGGGCAGCUGAAGAAGGUGGUGCAGCUAAUGGGCGCCUGUGGAGAACAGUCAUCAUUGGUGAGCAGGAGCACCGAAUUGACCUCCAGAUGAUCAAACCCUAUAUGAAGGUGGUGACUCAUGGAGGGUACUAUGGUGAAGGUCUGAAUGCCAUCAUCGUCUUCGCAGCCUGCUAUCUCCCAGACAGUAACUCUCCAGAUUACCAUUACAUAAUGGAAAACCUCUUCUUGUAUGUCAUUAGCAGUUUGGAGCUCCUCGUGGCUGAAGAUUAUAUGAUCGUGUACCUGAAUGGUGCAACCCCACGACGGAGGAUGCCGGGGAUUGGCUGGCUGAAGAAAUGUUAUCAGAUGAUUGACAGGAGGCUUCGGAAAAACCUGAAAUCCUUAAUCAUUGUCCACCCGUCUUGGUUUAUUCGAACAGUGUUGGCCAUCUCCAGGCCCUUCAUCAGUGUGAAGUUCAUCAGUAAGAUCCAAUAUGUGCACAGCCUGGAAGAAUUGGAACAGCUCAUCCCCAUGGAACAUGUGCAGAUUCCCGACUGUAUCCAACAAUAUGAAGAAGAAAGAAUCAAGGCCAGGAGAGAAAGGUCAGAAGAAAAGCCAGAGACAAUGGAGGAAAGAUCUUCAGUGGUCACAGAAGAUCAAGAAACAAGCAUGUCAUGAAUCCAAGUGCCCAGAGAUGGAAGCAAAGAAGGAAUCCAGUUACCAGUCGCUUCCCGUCCACACCCUUCGUGGUGCCCACCCGAAUUCAUCACCACUUCAUUCUGAAUGCCAUCCUACCAAGGGCACCACCUCCCAUUUGUCUCAGACAUCUCACAUCCUCUACAGCUGCUUGAAAAUGUUUUAUUUUUUUAACAACCCAGUAUUGGCACUUUCUCAAACAGGGUCACCCUCCCAUCCCCUCUCCUUUCCCACUUCCCAUCCCUCAGAGGGAUGUGAACAGAGAAGAAAGAAGUGGAGACAGAAUGGAUCUGUCCUCAUCUCGAGUAGCCUUCACCCUGUACUCCUCAUUCUGAUUCCAGCCCCAAAUGAAAGGAUACGUGAAAGGGCAGAUCAGCACAUCAAAUCCUCUCAUAGCUCGGCCCGUGACCGUUUCUUUUUAAGCACCAUGUAGCCAGUGCCCCAGGCACCAAAUGACCCCUGGCUUUCCUCUCAGUACUUGGCCAGGUGCCCACCAGUCUCAGACAUGGACAUUCCCCACCUCCCCACCCCUGAGAUGUGGCUAUGCCCUGACAAACUCCACACACAAGCUCCCCUAAAGUCUCUCUUCUCAAAUGGAGCUAACCAGACGGAUUCAGCUCAGCGUAGUCUUAGAGUCAGGAAGACUCAGGUCGAGUCCUGCCUCUGACACAUACUAGCUCUAUGACCAUGGUCAAGUCACUUGAUUUCUCAGUGCUCCCAGGCAAUGAAUCCAUGCUGAACCAGACGCACUCAGGCUGGACAUAACCUGACCCUGAUAACCUGUUCUAUAAGCGCCUCCCCAAGAACCUGGGAGUGGGAGGAGAGGGGACUGUUUGGUUUCUGUGUAGAGCUGUGCUCUAAUCAUAAUCUUGGAUCUAUUACCUGGGUCACCUUGGACAAGACACUUCAACUCUCUGGGCCCUGGUUUCCUCAUCUAUAAAAUGAGAAAGUUGCACUGAAGGACCUAAAGUUCCUUUCAGGCCCAGAUGAUCUCAUCCUACAGAAAAAAAAAAAAAGAAGGAAGGAAGGAAGGAAGGAAGGAAGGAAGGAAGGAAGGAAGGAAGGAAGGAAGGAAGGAAGGAAGGAAGGAAGGAAGGAAGGAAGGAAG